GCUGCCAGAUAUGGCGACUUUUGAAGAUUGUUUCCUAGCCGACCUUGAUGAGUUAUCUGACAGUGAACCCGAAUUAGAAGAGAAUGACGCUCAGAAGGAAGAAGAAGAAGAAGAAGAAGAAGAGGAGGAGGACGAGACUAUUAUUACUACCUUCAAUUACGAUGAUCUUGAUAGAGUUGCUAAGCUACAGAAAACUCAGAGAUUUUCUGAUAUUAUGCAGAAAGUGGAAGAAGCUCUAGAUUUCGAUUCUGAAUACAAGCUGCUCGUCGAUUGCAAGAAGCUCUUAGUUAAGAUCGACAAGGAAAUUUCCAUCCUUGACAGCUUUAUCCGUCACAAUUACAGACCUAGGUCCCCAACACUGGAUUGGAUUGUACCUCACGCAAUCCAUUACGCUCGUGUUGUUAAACGAAUGGGUUACGAGAUGGAACUAGACCUCGUUGAUCUUCCAAUAGGUAUGGUAGACGAUGCUGCUUCCUUCAUAUGUGGAGAGCCACUUCCAAAAGAUGUUCAGGAGAAGACGCUAGAGGCGUGUGAUCGAGUUCUUGAUCUUGAUUCCUCCAAGAAGAAAGUUCUUGAGUUUGUCGAAAUCAAGACGAGAUUGAUUGCACCGAAUCUGGCUGCGAUUUUUGGAUGUGAAGUUGCAACUAAGCUCAUGGUUAGUGCUGGAGGUUUAGCUGCACUUGCUAAGAUGCCUCCUACUUGUAAUGUUCAACGUGUUGGUCAAAAGAGGAAGAGGAGUUUUGUUGGAUCUCUUGCGGGUUUAUUGAACGAGACAGAGAUUAUCCAAAACACGCCUCCCAGAUAUCAGGAUGAUGCUUGUGAGCUCUUGGCUGCAAAGUUGACUUCAGCAGCAAGAGUUGACUCUACUAGAGGAGACUCAUCCGGGGCAAGAGGAAGAACUUUGAGAGACAAGGUUCUCGAGGAGAUUGGAAUGUUGCAAGGACAUAAGCGAGUUGCUGUUUCUUCUGGUACUAGGUUUUUAGAAAGAAGGGUUAAAGAGCAGCCGAGUAUUCAGUCGCCAGAGCUAGACGAUGGUACUCAAAGCAAGUACUUCUCAAAGUUUGGGACAUUCUCCAAGGUUAAUAAGAUUUCGGCUGAUCAGGAAAAAGUGUACAAGUUUUAA